UGAGCAGAUUUUCUCGGAGAGAGCGACAUAUACAGGGAAAGCGAGCACACCGGAGAUCCAGCUAUAGGAUAAGAAGGAAUUGUGGAAGCAAGGCAGGGAGGUCGUGCGUCAGCAGCCGCUUCUCCACAGGGAAACAUGAUGAUCAGGAGAUGCUGAGGAGGGCAAGAGCAAAACAGGAUCAUAUAGAUGGAUGUUAUCUCAUCAAGCAGGCACGCUGAAAGCAACCCACGCACAGGAUAAACCACUUAUGGACGCAGUGGAUUAAAGAUCUACGCAACAGACUAAGAAAGAGGGACAGGAGGAACACAGGAGAAGAUAUUCAUUUAUAUCUAUUGUCGUGUACGCAUUUGCUGCCAGUGUGUGUGUGUGUGUGUGUGUGUGUGUCUGUGUGAAAGGCAGGAGACCGCAUUGCUGUUUUCCGGAACCACACAGCAGACCAAAAAGCAGCCUAGUACAUUUAUUUUAUUUAUGUUUGUCCCUCCUUUUUGUGUCCCAUGUCUUUGCGUGUGCACUGUGUGUCGGUGUGUGUGUGUGUGUGAGAGGCGAGAAGUGAGCGACACACAGACUUCAAAAAGUGCAAUUGAAGACAAACGUCAAUUCUUCUGGAUUGAUCAUGUUUCAUGUCGGGGGUCUCGGUCCUAAAGGUGGAAGCCUGAGCCUGCAUGUUUGAAGAACUGCCGUUUGGGAGUCUUCUAGAGGAGGAGGAGGAGGAGGAGGAGGAGGAGGAGGGAUCGCAGAGGGCUGAAAGGCGGAAAUGAGCGGUAUGGACUGUGUGGACGGGCCCUCCGUGGACUGCUGUGGCGUCCACCAAGUUUCAUCUCUUGCUCUGAGAGAAUAAUGGCAGUGCUGGCACCGCCUUCCUCUUUUCUCACCUGCACUUGAUGCAGAGUUGCAAGCGGGUGCUAGAAAGAGUGCGCCAGGAGGAUGGUGUGAACCGUCCGCCAGGAGACUCGUGACACCGACGUGCCGGGCCAUCUUGUUUCUGACAAAGCUGACAGUAUCAGAGCUCAGAAGCUGAUGUUGAACUGAGUGGGAGUUGUCUCCCUCCCACUCACUACUCCCUCUUCUUCUUCUCCUCGCUCGGCCUCCUCCUCCUCAAACCUUGGACUGAUCCUAGCACCAACCUGUCCUCCUCCUUACUCCCUGUCUUUUCUUUUUCUUUUCUUUUUGUUUUUGUCGAGGCUUCAGGGGAUUUGCCAAGACCUGUUUCAUGCAUGUCCACUGGAGGCAGAUUCAACUUUGACGAUGGGGGGUCAUACUGCGGAGGGUGGGAGGAUGGCAAGGCGCACGGCCACGGGAUAUGCACGGGACCCAAGGGCCAGGGGGAGUACUGUGGGUCCUGGGCCCACGGCUUUGAGCUGUUGGGCGUCUACACCUGGCCCAGCGGGAACACUUACCAGGGCACCUGGGGACAGGGCAAGAGACACGGCGUGGGCGUCGAGAACAAGGGCAGAUGGGUCUACAAAGGGGAGUGGACGCACGGCUUUAAGGGACGCUACGGCGUAAGGGAGAGCACCGGGAUGAGCGGGAAGUACGAGGGGACUUGGAACAAUGGGCUGCAGGACGGAUACGGCACUGAGACGUACUCUGAUGGAGGCACAUUUCAGGGCCAGUGGGUUGGCGGGAUGCGGCACGGCUACGGUGUUCGCCAAAGUGUCCCCUACGGCAUGGCGGCGGUCAUCCGCUCCCCCCUCCGUACAUCCAUCAACUCUCUCCGCUCCAGCUCGGAACACAGCAACGGUACAGCGCUCCUCGACCGAACUACCGUGGCCGUUCCCGGUCCUCCCCCGGUUCCCGGCACCCUGUCCACCAGCGUCUCCAUGUGCAGCACCGGAAGCAGCGGCAGCAGCCCCGCCGUGUCUCGAGGAGGCUUCGUCCUGACGGCACACAGCGAAGCUGAGCUUCUAAAGGGAAAGAGAAAGAGUGGGCUGUUCAGGAGGUCUAUUCUGUCCGGGCUUAAGCUGAGGAAAUCGGAGUCCAGGAGCUCUCUGGCCUCCCAGAGGUCUAAACAGAGCUCAUUCCGCAGCGAGGCAGGGAUGAGUACUGUGUCUUCAGCUGCAUCUGACAUCAACUCUACUAUCAGCCUUGGAGAUGCAGAUGCAGAGUUGGUAGUGGCUGAUGACGACGUGGACGCCACAGCGACGGAGACCUACUGCGGGGAGUGGAAGAACGACAAGAGGACUGGAUUCGGAGUGAGCCGGAGGUCUGAUGGUCUACAGUAUGAGGGGGAGUGGCUCAGCAACAAACGCCACGGCUAUGGCUGCACCGCUUUCCCCGAUGGUACUAAAGAGGAGGGGAAGUACAAGCAGAACAUCCUAGUGAGUGGCAAGAGGAAGAACCUGAUCCCUCUCCGGGCCAGUAAGAUCCGAGAGAAGGUUGACCGAGCUGUGGAAGGAGCACAGAAGACAGCAGACAUCGCCCGACAGAAAGCUGAAAUCGCCCUGUCCAGGACGGCUCAUGCGCAGGGUAAAGCAGAGGCAGCAGUUGGAGCGGCUCAGAAAGCUCAGGAGGAGAGUCGCAUGGCCAGAGUCACCGCCAAGCAGUUCUCCCCUUCGUUCCAGCAUCCCGGAAAUGGCAUGGAGGUGCAGCGUCCAAAAUGUCAAGUGUCGAGCGAGGUGGAGGGUGAGGGCUUGUCGAGUAGCGCUGGAACCGCAGACAGCCCCGACCUCUACGUGAAGAGCACGGGCUCAGAUGACCCCUCCAACGCCACACCAGAUCUAAGUCCCUCUUCUUCCUCACCUCAACACACCCCUCCUCCCCCCAUCAGGCCAUCCCAGCGCAGCAAAAGUGCUCGCUUCCACCGGCAGAGCGCUGUUGACCACGGAGACCGAGGGAAGGAGGGAGGAGAACGAGGGGAAAAGGGGGGAUCUGGAGGGCAGACGGAAAUCCAGGUGUUGAUAGAGCGAGGCGGCAGAGAGGGCGAGGGUGCGGGGAAGGUGGAGUACAUGAGGGCCAAAAGCUAUAGUGAGGAAAAAAAGAAAGGGAUGUUGCACAAAGCAGGAGGAGGAGUCAUCGGGCAAGGAGUUGGCAGGACCAAUGGACACAAACACAGCUCCUCCAAUCACAAGUCCCGGGGCCACGGCUCAUCCAAUCAUAAACAAGCCAGAGGAGACAGAUGGACAGAGACGUCCCCUUCUGCCUCUUGGACGUCUGGGCAGCGGGGGGCGCACUGCAGGGGAGGACGGCUCCUCGAGCAGGAUGAAGAGAAAAUGAGCAACUAUGAAAUGGAGAUGAAGCCUUUACAGCCCAGAGACUCCACUACCCACAAGCCCCAUGGGCACGGGGAGGAGAAGCACGGGGAGGGGGGCUCACACACCUUGCAAAGACAGAGGCAUAAGAGAGAGGGGAAAGAAGGGAGGGAGAGUAAAGACCAGCUGGAGAGCGGACAUCUGGGAGAGAAGAUGGAUUCUCGGCCUAUACGACGGGACCUGACCCUCUCCCCCCCUCUUAAGUCCUCCCCCAUCGCUUCAGAGCAGCAGGACCACAGACUCACACAGAGCAAAGGCCACUCAGCCUACAGCGCCAUCCUGGUCGCCAUGGUGAUUCUGCUCAACAUCGGAGUGGCUAUUUUGUUUAUCCACUUUUUUAUUUAACAACAGCUUUGCUUUUUGGAAUGACUCUGCACAGGCUACGACUAUAAAUGUUAUCACAAGGGACCUGCUGCCCCUUUGUGUUCGUUGGCGACUGCAGCCGCCUGGAGGGGAGAUCGAGGGCUACAAUGCAUUUAUGUCCCCUGGCCCCACAAAAAAAAAUUGGGCUUCAGUUGGCUAAUUUGCAAGUGUGUUCACAAGUGCGGUACAUACAGUAGCACGAUGACAUGGAUGUAAGAAGGUGACUGGACUGCAUUAGAAACUGGACUAAGGUGAGCCAAUUCCUAGGCCAUUGUGGCAAGUAAUGCCUGCUUCCACUGUCUGGACACAAAACUUUUUUUCAUCUUGAAAUCAUAGUUUUCAACAGAUUUCUAACUCAUUUCUUUAUUUCUCUCAUGUAUAAGUUGAUGGCGAUAUUAUUUAUUUUGUAAACCUUAUACGACACUAGCUUUUUGGUUCUUCCGUUUGCUGAGUUGUUCUUCUUUUUCUGAUGAUGAUGAUGAUGUGUUGCGUUCGUCGGUGUCAGGAGAGACAACAGAUGCAGGAGAGCUAACCUUGGCAUACACCAACACAUAUGCACACACUAUUUGCUUGUUUUCCCCAUCCCACCCUUCAUUCCGCACCACUUGUGUGUGAGUAAAGUGCAUGACGAUGUGCCUCCGCAAAGCCACGGCAUGUUUGCAGGGAGCACAGAGACAAGCAUCUCAUGAGGACGCGCUCACUACUCAUCCACACCCAGCCUACCACCGUCCUCUCUCCCCGUCUCUCCCUCCUACUCUUUCCCACCUCCACACACACACACCGGUCGGUGAGCUGUGCUUCCUCUGAGUUGGUGGUAAUUUAGGACAAAUCAUCCUUGGCAAAGCCCAACUCCUGCUGCCUGCUGUGCAACUUGGCAGAGGCUUUUGGAGACAUCAUUUUCAAGUGUAUGUAGGAUUGUGGACUUAGGAUACAAAAAAACAUAUUUUUUUCCAACUGAAUUGAACCUAAUGACAACUUUUCUAAGGGUUCACCAAAAAAAACCUGCCUCGGUUUUGUUGUAGAGACAACCAUGAUAAUUGGUUCAUUUAUCAGUUGAUAGUCGAUUAAAUUAACAACCUCUUGACGCAUUUGAGACAAAAAUGGAGGGCUCUACUUGACUGUAACCAGCAGAGGUUCUGUCAAUUCAUCUUCAACUGGUUUGUCGUCAGCUCUAAUAAUACCCAACCACUUAGUGCAGGCAUAUUAAACUAAAUUCUUUUGGGACCACAAUUCCAGAAAGCUAUCACUCUUAUUUUGUAUAUUACGGAGAACAAUCAUCCUCUCCAGUAGACGUUUGUUUUUGGUCUAUUUAUUUUGUUACAGUUACAGGAGCGCUCUGUUGUUUUUAGGAAUAUGCUGCAAAAAUGUGAGUCUUUGUAACUUUGUUUGAACUAAACUCGCCAGCCACCAGUUGAAUAGUUGCGAUCGGUAGGUCGUGAGUUCAAACCCCGGCCGAGUCAUACCAAAGACUAUAAAAAUGGGACCCAUUACCUCCCCUGCUUGGCACUCAGCAUCAAGGGUUGGAAUUGGGGGUUAAAUCACCAAAAUGAUUCCCGAGCAAGGCCACCGCUGCUGCUCACUGCUCCCCUCACCUCCCAGAGGGUGGAACAAGGGGGUGGGUCAAAUGCAGAGGGUAAUUUCACCACACCUAGUGUGGGUGUGACUAUCAGUGGUACUUUAACUUUAACUUUAUUAGCCCGAAUGAUGGGGAAAAAAGGUCCUAAAAACCUUAAGGAACACCACUAGUAUAAUUAAAGAAGUUGGACAAUAGAUUACUGACAGCAUCUGAAGUAAACAAGCUAUAGCAACACCAUUAUGGUUUUUUUGGAGUUUUUUUUCUACAUUUACAUAACAUGUGGUUCUUUGGUCUACAUUUGGUAUAGAUUAUGUUUUACAGACCAUUAUUGACAGUCUUUUCAGAAUGCACCGUUUUAUAGGUGGUCUUAUUUAUUUAUUUACAUACAUAUAUUAUUUAUCUCAGCCAUAUCUCCAUGGGUUGGAUUUAAAAAAUGGGAGUUAUGAGGAUCCCAAAUAUACAAAAACAGGUAAGAAAAGUUUGUUUUGUAAAAUAUCAGAAUCAGCUUAUUUGGCCAAGGAUGUUUAAAACACAAGACAUUUGACUUGGUGGACUGUGCUGACCCAUUUCCUUACAUAAAUCACUCUACCAAAAAAAAAAUUGUCACUGCCAAAAAGGAGAGGACUUAAAGGUUUGACUUGAGGAACACCUCAGUUAUGUAAAUCACACGUUUGGACCCCAGUGAUCUAUGUUUGCUAGCAAAGUUAAAAUGUCAAUGCAAGGAUCUACCAAUGUGUUUAUAGUGACCCAAGUUCCUCUAUACAACAGGAGCACUGUAAUGUUUUUAGGAAUUUGCUACAAAAAUGUUUGUCUCUCAAGUUUUGAACUGAACUUGGGGG